CGUGUCCAACGAGUGGGACAUGGCGCAGGCCACCGCGGAGCUGCAGCUGGGAGAUGCCAGUCCAGAAUUACUUCACUGGUUUACGGAACAGACCCUUCAGCCUGGCCCUGCUGUCUCUCUCCGAUGUGUAGCAACAGGAAACCCUCCUCCACAAUUUGUGUGGACUCUCGAUGGGUUCCCAGUGCCAGAUAAUCCAAGGUUCCUUGUGGGGCAAUAUGUAACAAUUCAUGAUGAUGUUAUUAGUCAUGUUAACAUCUCCAACCUAAAGGAAGAAGAUGGAGGAGAGUACACAUGUACUGCCAAGAACUCCGUUGCUGCAGUGUCACAUAGCGCUCGUGUAAAUGUGUAUGGUCUCCCCUUCAUUCGAGUCAUGCCCAAGAUAACAGCAGUGGCAGGGCAGGAUCUUGUGAUCAAAUGCCCAGUAGCAGGAUUUCCAAUUGAAUCCAUUAUUUGGGAAAAAGGUGGGACAGUGCUUCCAAUGACUCGACGUCAACGUGUCUAUCCAAAUGGAACUUUAGUUAUAGAACAUGCACAGAGAGCAGCUGAUGCUGGGACAUAUACCUGUCAAGCACAAAAUCGUCAGAAACAUGCUCACCGAAGAGAUGUUGAGGUCCAAGUGAUAGUCCCACCAAGAAUUCUGCCCAUUCCAGCCAUGACAAAUUUGUUACAAGAGGGUAUGCGUGCAGCCAUAUCAUGCCAGAUUAUUGAAGGAGAUUUGCCAGUCACUUUUCGUUGGGAACGUAAUGGUCAGCCCAUACCUCUAUCCAAUUAUGGAAUUACCACUCGACGACUUGAUGAAUAUUCCACUUCUCUGGUCAUCGAGCAGAUAACAUCUAGGCAUAGUGGCAACUACACUUGUGUGGCCCAAAACAUAGCUGGAGCUGAAAGUUUUACUGUUCCAUUAACUGUCAAUGUUCCUCCUCAUUGGACAGUAGAGCCUGUGGAUGCCAGUGUAGCCUCGGGGAAAGAUGUUACACUUCACUGUCAGGCUGAUGGAUAUCCAGUUCCAACCAUCACAUGGAGAAAGGCCAUAGGUUCACAUCCAGGCGAUUAUAAAGACUUUUUAUACGAACCAAAUGUCAAUUUUUUUCGAAACGGUUCCCUUACAUUUCAGCACAUAAGUAAGGAAAGUGAAGGCUAUUAUUUAUGUGAAGCCAAAAAUGAAGUUGGUACUGGUGUUAGUAAGGUCAUUUUUCUUAAAGUUAAUGCUCCAGCAUAUUUCCCACAAAAGUCUAAGCAAAUGCAAGUGCAAAAAGGAGAACAAGCCCAUCUUCAAUGUACAGCAUUGGGAGACACACCCAUAGAAAUUAUGUGGAAAGUAGGAGGAAAAAGAAUUGCAGAGGACUUGGAUCAAAGGUAUGCAAUACGAGAACAAUUAUUGGAUGAUGGAAUGGUAUCAGAAUUAGGCAUUGCUCACACCUAUCGACAUGACACAGGUGUCUUCUCCUGUCUAGCUAGCAAUGCAUUUGGUGAAAGUGAAAUGGCUAUUCAGCUUAUUAUUCAAGAGGUUCCUGAAAGUCCCAAGAAUAUUAGAGUGAAUGAUCAACAAAGUCGUUCAUUACAAAUAUCAUGGACUCAGCCUUAUGCAGGAAACAGUCCAAUAACUGGUUACAUUAUACAAUAUAAAUUAGUAUCAGAUGUUUGGCAAGCUCAACCCUCCAAAAUAACUGUUCCUGGAACACAAACAACAGCAACUGUUCAAAACUUAAAUCCAGCAAGUUCUUAUCACUUACGUAUCAUGGCAGAAAACAGACUUGGCACAAGUGACCCAAGUGAAGUCAUACAAGUUACCACUCAAGAAGAAGUGCCUAGUGGUUCACCACAAGAUGUACGAGCAGAAGCGAGAAGCUCUACAGAACUUAUUGUGACUUGGGAACCACCUUCACGAGAACUUUGGAAUGGAAACUUGCUGGGCUAUUAUGUAGGUUAUCAAGAGCAGGGUUCACACUCACCAAUGGUUCCAUCACCUGCAACUCCCACACACAAUUACAAUUUCAAGACAGUUGAAAUAGGAACACAAUUCGGAGGUGAAGCAACACUGCAAGGGUUAGCACGAUACACAACCUACUCAGUAGUUGUGCAAGCAUACAACAGCAGAGGAGCAGGACCCUCAUCAGAUCCCAUCACAGUGAAGACACUUGAAGAUGUACCAAGUUUACCUCCUGAAAGUGUUCAGUGUUCUGCCAUCACCUCACAGAGCCUGGAAGUAACAUGGGAACAACCACCCCUUGAAGGUCGAAAUGGUAUCAUUCAGGGGUAUAAAGUUUCACACCAGCCUGCUGAAGAAUGGUAUGAACUGAAUGAUCAAGAAACAAAAGUGGUAACAACAUCUUACAGAACAACUAUACCUGGGUUGUUUAAGUACACGAAUUACAGUAUUUCUGUAUCAGCAUUCACUAAAAUGGGAGAUGGAGUUAAAAGCCCUCCAGUGUACUGUCGAACAGCAGAAGAUGUGCCAUCUGCUCCAGCUGACAUCAAAGCAGUUGUUAGUUCAGCAAAUAAAAUACUAGUAUCUUGGCUUCCCCCAUCUCAUCGCAAUGGAAAGCUGACAGGAUAUACAUUUUAUAUGGGCCUCAUAGAAGACGGAAAAGAGGAAGGAACUCACAAGCGAAUACUCAGCCCACUGAGUGAAGAACACGAGACUGUUCGCUUAAAGGAAGGUGUCACAUAUCAAUUCUGGGUGACAGCCUCCACUGAAGUUGGGGAAGGAGAAAGCACUCGAGUGGUAACUUUAUCACCAUCAAACAAAGUCCCUGCAAAAAUUGUAUCAUUUAGCCGUGAAGUAGUAACUCCUUGGAAACAAGACAUCAAUCUGCCAUGCAAAAAAGUGGGCAUUCCAGUACCUCAAGCAAUUUGGAGAUUGUAUGACAAAAUAAUGGAAUCUAAUGGUAGAAAACAGAUUAAUAAGGAUGGAUCUCUCCUCAUAAGAGAAAUCCAACAUAGUGAUGAAGGAAACUACACAUGUAGUGUGGAGAAUCAACAUGGAAAGGAUGAAAUAAUAUACAGUGUUCAAGUGAAAGUUCCUCCAGAUCCCCCAAAUUUGACAGUAGUGGCAACAUAUGGAGAUAGUUUACAUUUGCAAUGGACUGACAACCAUCAUGGAGGAAGUCCUAUUCUAGGCUAUGUCAUCAAUUAUAAAAGAGACCAUGGAGACUGGGAAGAAUUACAGAUUGAAGCAAAAGCAGAAUCCCAUAUUUUGCGCAAUCUGUGGUGUGGCACAAGAUACCAGCUUUACAUAACAGCCUUUAACAAAAUUGGAACAGGAUUGCCUUGUGAUAUUGUCAAUGCCUACACCAAAGGAACAGGUAAAAAAAGCUACUUUUAUCCUAUUUGAUUAAAUUAUGAACUAUUACUGCACUGAGUACUAUAGCGUAGCCCCAAUCUGGAUUGGGAUAGCACAGGGCAGAUUGCCCCAUUUCCUUGCACCACAGCAGGAAAUAUUGGUGGGGAAAAAGGCUAACAUCUCACUAAGGAAAGAAUUUGGCUUAUAAUAAAUAAAUAGUAGCAUUGGAUAUGUACUGACUGCAUAUAGUAUGAAUCAGAAUUAUGCCAGCAAAAUAAUCAGUAUUGUUUGCAAAUUUCAGUGAUCAUGACAAUUAUUUUAUUCCAACACUUUAGUAUUACAGUGAAUGUACCAUUAAUAUCACCACCUACCACUUAAAUAAAUACCUGCCAGUUAUAUUGAUUGUUUUACUUCUAUGUUUGUAACAGUUCCUGUCAAACCAAAGCAAUCUCAACUGCUCACAGUUAAUUCGACUGUUGUAACCAUUUGGUUGGACUCAUGGGGUGAUGGUGGAUGUGCAAUUUUAUAUUUCAUCAUUGAAUAUCGAGAUACUCAGCGUUCUAAUGAUUGGUCACUGGUAUCUAAUAAUGUUCAACCUACUGAGAGAGUGUACAGUGUUCUGGAUCUUACACCAGCUACACAAUAUCAACUCAAAGUUACAGCUCACAACAAUGCUGGAUCAACAUUUGCUUACUACAAUUUCACAACACUAACUGCAGAAGGAGGUAAAUAUAAUGUUAUUUAACUUUUGAAUCUCUGAAUUGUUGAUCAAUAAAUACAAUCUUCUCUCCAUCCUGCUGGACUACAACAACUCACAAAAAAUAAAGUUAAUGUUCUGUUUGCAGCCACAGUAAUUCCAGAAGUUGCUCCACCUGUAGUUCACACUCAAGAAGAGUCUUUUUACUCCAACACUGCAAUUAUUGUUUCUAUUGUUGUAUCACUGAUAUUUAUAGCAGGCCUGAUUGCAGUAGCAGUGUUUAUUAAGCGCAAAAGUAAGUUUUUCACUUUGAGCAUUUUAAGCAAUUUUCUUUUACAUAUAACUAGUUCUUGUUUCUUAGUGUAAUCUGUUAGGAAAACAUUAACUUAAAAUCACCACAUGCAUAGUUUCAUUCCGUUUCAUCUUAUUCCAUUUAAUUCUUUCCCUCUUAUUUGCAAAACACCAUCUCUAUAAAGUAAAUAUUAUUUCAUCAUUGUCAACAUUUUAUAUUAUUGAAGUCAAUUUCAUCAUUUCUUCUACCUUCGUUAAGCUUCUACUACCAUGACUAUUGUAUCCAAUUACUCAAGGUAAACUUUAUCUAAACCUUAUUUUCUUACUGCUAUUACUCAUACUCUCUUCUUCUCUCAUGUUAAUUUGUCAUGGUUUUAAAACAAAUUAUCAUCUCUCAAACAUGGUCUUUUGUUUCAAAAUUGUCUCAAAUACAUUAUACUUUCCUGUAUUUUAAGACUUUCCCCUGAUAACAUUUUAUUUCAAUUUUUUUAUAAAGCAAAUCCAUCAGCCACAAAUUGUAUUGCAGAGAACAAAGAAAACUACUCUGAUAUUAUUUUUACACAAAAUAAUACUGUUACAGAAACACAAACAGAAGCAGCUCAAAUGGGUGAAUCUCCAUCAGUUGCACAAAUGCAGAACCAACAAAAUCGGGACCAACAGUAUUUGGCAGUGCGGGUGGGAAGCGGUCCACAACAAGCUCUUAGUAUUGAUUCAUCUAGUUACAAGACAGAUUCAGCAGGUAUGCAGUUAUCUAUUUGUUAAAACUUCAAACUUCUUUAACUUUUUACAGAUCAAUUUGUAAACUGUGAAUACAAUUAUUCAUACUACAAUAAGGUGCUGUAGAAACAAUGCUGUCUUCAAAAGAAGUAAUAAUAUCAAGUAACUUAAUAUUUUCCUUUCUCACCUCUAAGAUGAUGCAUAAUUCUAAAAAGAAGUACAAUUAUAUUUUAAUUCCUUUAAACACAUUCAAUAUAAGUUGUCCGAUUUGUAAGGCAAGUUGGCUCAGCAGUAAAAAUCAUCACAUAAUGAACCUAUUUUGUUUCAAUGCCAACUAUAAUUUUGCUUCAAAAGAACUUGUUAAAUUGACAAGAUAUCAAAAAUGUUAUAAAUAAUAUAGUUGAAAUGAUCUCACAUGUUAUGUUCAUUAUGCUGCAUGAUAUAAAAUAAUGUAUUCUGAGAUGGUUUAUCAUGACCUUUUCGGACAAUGUUAAAUAAAAAUCAUGACCAUGAUCAUGAUGAUUUUGGACAAUGUUAAUAAAAAUUGGAAAACUCAAUUGGCCAUCAAAAUGAGGCAAAUUUUACUGUAUUGCAGAUUACAUUGAAGAUAUUUGUCCUUAUGCUACAUUUCAACUAGCAAAACCACCAUACAGUGAAAGUACAUAUAGUGGCAAUGUAUACAGUGGACCAUACCAUUCUGUGAGGGGAUCAUUUGUGUACCAUGACCCAAAGCUUUCUGGAGCAGAAAGUUACAAAUUUAGACAUGUGAGUUGUCUUAUAAUAAUGAUACUUUAUAAAAUUGAAUGCAAAAUGCAAUCCUUAAAGCAUCAUAUAACAUCUGAAUAUUUAUUCAUUCACAGAAAGAACCAGAAUAUACAAAGGUCAGAAGAAAAGGAGGCAGACUGAGAGAUCCACACUCAGAAAGUCAAGGUACUGUUAUUCUCAAAUGCAGAAUAAAAAUUUUGACAAAGAUGUACGAUAAAGAGGUACAAGCUUAUUUAUUAGCUGUAACCAUUUUGCAACUGCACGGUUUGCAAUCAAUAUCAAUUGUAUGUGAAAAAAAUUACAAAAAGCAAACACUAUUAGAGAUACAAUGUAGCAGUGAUAUGGGAAAAACGUACUACAGAAAAUGUCAUGCAAUACAAGUAAACACCCAACAAAUAUGAAGUAAAAUGCCACAUAACCUCUAAAUUAAUAAAAGCUUUCGUUUUAUAUAUAAAGAUAAAGUGCAUUAUCUUUAGUUCAGCAUGCUAUAACAGCACACUAAAAGGUGAUAAAUGACUGCUGGACUGUGCACAAAAAUGACAACUACCCAUAUACAGGCUCCAGAUACAAUGACCCACAAUGGACUCAGUCCAGAUCAAAGAACAGAUUUAUUGCUGAUGCCAACUCGGCCUUUUUCAGAGUCGGACAACCUGGGGAGCACUGACUCAGAGGUGAAGAAGAUUUUAACUCUGCACCUGCCUAUUUCAGAGUACGAUACACUGGGCAGUGACUCUGAGGGAGAAAUGCCAGGCGGGCAAGUUGCUGCGAGCCAGGAACUCGUCUCUUUCAGACACCGAAUUUCCAGAGAGGUUAGCAAAUCUGGAGUAGAAGAAUCAAGUUCUUCCUCUGAAACAUCUCCAUCGGGAGCACGGAAACCAUAUCCUUCCAGAAAGUCUAAAAGCAAGGGGCAAGUUUUGGGAAAAAGGCAAGUACGAAGCAGUAGUGGAUAUUCAAGCCAUACUGAAGGGACAACUUUCAGUUUCAGUGACAGAAUUAAUCCUCCAUCUCGCUUCUCUGACUCACAUUCCCAUGAGCUGAGCGAGGCAGAAUGUGACAUGAGCAAGCUGGGCCGCAAAGCAGGCCGGGGUGCUGCAAGACUCAGCAAUAGUUCACAGAAAAUUUUGUACCGGCCCGUAAAUAGAAAUGUGUUGAAAGAGGGCCAAUAUGGAUAUGCCAACCAGAUAAGAUGUGCC